GAGAGAGAGAGGAGUAAUGGAUUACAGCGUAGCUGCGUUGAAGCUGUUAAGCUCGCAGUUGAAACAAGCUCGAGAAGUAGCGUCUCAAAAUAGCUUCACGCUCGGUGAUAUCCUCUUCCAACGCGCUUGGUUGCAGGGCGUUCUCGUCUCCGCCUCCGAUGGCGACGGUGCUCCUCUGCUUCUCGACGACGGAACCGGCGUCAUCGAGCUUUCCCUCACCGGCGAGUUUCGCCACCGCCAUUGGAAAGCUGGGAUGUACGUGAUGGUAGUUGGAGGGUACGUUGCACGUGCGGGAGAACCUCCUAUGAUCAAGGUUCAUAAGAUUGUUGAUCUGUCAUCAUCGCCUGAUCGAGAGGCUAUGUGGUAUCUUGAAGUUAUGGAGGCAUACAAGCUGUUCUAUCAGCCUCUUGUUGAAGAGUUUACUUGAUGGGAUUGAACAGAGAAUGGGUAGGUUGGCAUUUGACAUCUGGAAUUUCCCUUCUUAUAGCAAGUUAGGACACAAUUUUCGAAGACUUUGUAUUCACAUAUCUAUUUCUUUAUUCUGUGAGAAAUUUACCAACAAAGUGCAUUGUAAAUUUACUGCUGCAUCGUGAUAGAGAUUGUAUUAUGAUCUAAUCAGAAAUUAUUUAGAAUUUUAAUUUUGAUUUUAUAUUUAGAGAUUUUAUUUUUAGGAUAGUUAGUUUGCAUUAUCUAUUAGAUUUACAUAUCUUUAUCUUUAUCAGUUGGACCUUAUGCAAUUUUGACUAUUGAGUAAUAAUAGUUUUCUUUU